CCCUCCUUUUUUUCUGUUUUUUUUCCCCCGUCUCUUCAACUCUGUCGAUUCUAGGAGGUGCUCACGGCUCGAAUACUCCCACGGAUGUGACACACAACACGAGGGUGGCACCAAACAGCAAACGCAAACAGCUCGGCAGAGAGGGGAGCCAGUCGCCCCCAGAGCACAGAUUUGCUGCUCGCAGAGGCGGAGAAAAUGGGGAAACUUUUUCCGUGCGCGCUGCUUUUUGUUCUCCUCAUGAGGGGUACGCUCCAGAAGAAGGCUGUCAGAGGAACCACAGGGCAGAGAAAUGGGUCGGCCGUGCCCAGAUCCUUUAUAGGGAUCCCUGUUGUUCAGACAAAGUCCGUCCUAAAUGGCACCCCGAGCCCCAUUUCGACUCAUUCCCUUCCAGCUCUGCAGUCGCUAAGCAACGCCACCAUAGAGUACCUCCGCGGCCCCCUGAGCACCCGGGUCAUCCCCGUCCUUUAUUUGCUGAUGGCCGCCGUGGGGAUCCCCGCCAACCUCGCCAUCCUGAGCCUGCUGGCCGGAAAGAUCCGGAAGGUGUCCUCGGCCAUCCUGUACUGCAGCCUGGCCGUGUCCGACCUGCUCCUGCUGGUCUCCCUCUUCUUCAAGGCCCACUACCACCUAAGCGGAAACCACUGGCAGCUCGGGGAGGCCGCCUGCCGGGCGGUGGCGGCCUGUUUCUACGGCAACCUCUACUGCUCGGCCCUGACGCUGGCCUGCAUCAGCGUGAAGCGCUACCUGGCCGUGGCGCACCCGUUCCUGUACAAGAGCCUCCCCAAGAGGGCGGCCACCGUGUGGGCCAGCGUCGGGGUGUGGGCGCUGUUCGGGGCGGCGGUCACCCCCGAGCUGACCGUCCGGCAGAGCUACUGGCUGCCCGAGCUGAACCGCACCAGCUGCCACGACGUUUUGCCGCUUGACCGGCCCUCGCACGCCUUCCUGCUCUACUCCAACCUGGCGCUGAGCGUGGCGGGCCUGCUGCUGCCGCUGCUGGUGGCGGUGGCGUGCUUCGCCCGGAUCGUGUGCGAGCUCAACCGCUCGCACUACGACUGGGCGGCCUACGUGAAGGCCAGCUCACUGGUGUUCGCCAUCUUCGUGGCGUGCUUCCUGCCGGCGGCCGCGCUGCGAUUCCUCCACUACGCGCGGCUGGUCGCCGGCGGCAACCGGGGCCUGUACGCCCACUUCAACGCGGCGGCGUGCCUCUGCUGCCUCCACGCCUGCCUGGACCCCUUCCUCUUCCUCCUCAUGUCCAAGUCGGCGGGCGCCAAGCUGUUUUUCAUGACGUUCAGGGGCAAGACUGUGAGCAUCUCGCUGUAACCGAGACCCCGGGGGCCUCCACACAAAAAAACAGACUGAGGGGUUUAGCUUUUGUGACUGGGGAGGAGGGAGCCGUUCUCUUGGCUGGAAUCCAAAGAGAGAGACUUUUCUGAAUUCAUUGCGAAGCAGAGAUGGAGCUGGGUUCCUGUUGUGUAGAGAUGUUUUUAACAUAGUAUUUUUAUUUUUGAAAAUAGAAUAACCAUGAUAUCAUGUAUACUAAUAUGUACAUAUAGUUAUUUAUUGACUUUAAGAUAAUAGAAAAGAAUGUUGUUUUUUAAAUGAUAUACAUAACUUAAACCUCAAAAUUUAGUCGUAAGAAUGUAAAUUUUUCAUGAACUUUGACAACAAAUUAAAGCAAUAAUAACCUGUCAUACUUUCAUUCAAAGUAAUGCUAUAAGUGGCUGCCAUGUCUCUGAAAAUUUCUAUUUUGAUAUCAUGAAGGCAGCAUUUCCCCUGAGUUUUUUUUUCCUCUUCCUGUCCUGGGGUGACAUUCUGCAAAGCAAAUAACUGCAGAUAUACAUAGAACUCAAGCGAAGCAGCCAUUUAAAGCCGUGCAUCCUCCUGCGAGGGCCAACAUCCUGCUGACUUUUUCUUAUUUGCUUCUUUUUUUUGCGCAUUUCAGUUAAAGUAAUGAUGCAAAAGAGUUGUGAACAUGUCG